GUACUUGGAACACUGGGAUGAACCCUUCUGCACAAACUGCUACAGCAAGUCUCCUGGGCUGAUGAAACUUGGAAAAGACAUUACGCUGGGGGGCCUGGAAAUUGGCCUGCUGACGAUGAAGAAGGGAGAGGUGGCAAGAUUUGUCUUCACACCAGAUUAUGCCUAUGGGCGGCAGGGCUGUCCUCCUCUCAUUCCCCCGAAUGCCACGGUCAUGUUCGAAGUGGAGGUGCUGGACUUCCUGGACUCGGAUGAAUCUGACACUUUCUUUGAGUUGACUGCUGAGCAGCAGGAUACGUUUCCGCUACAAAAGGUGUUGAAAGUGGCAGACACGGAGAGAGAGUUUGGCAACUACCUCUACCGUAAGCGGCACUUCGAGGGUGCCAAAGACAGAUACAAAAGGGCGUUCUCCAUCCUCGGUCGCAGCCCUUCCAGUAAGGCAGAGCAGUGUCAGAUCGAUGCUUCCAAGUUGCUGGUGCUCCUGAAUCUUUCACUUACUUACCUGAAACUGGAACGUCCUGCCCAAGCUUUGGCAUACGGGGAGAAGGCCUUGGAGAUUGACCAAAGAAACGCCAAAGCGCUGUUCAGGUGUGGCCAGGCUUGUCUCUGCAUGACAGAAUAUGAAAAAGCACGGGAUUUCCUGGUCAGAGCUCAGCAUAUACAGCCGUUUAACCACGAUAUUAACAAUGAGCUGAAAAAGUUGGCAAGCUGCUACAAGGACUACAUGGAAAAGGAGAAAGAAAUGUGCUGCCGAAUGUUUGCCCCUCUCAACUCUUCUUCUGGCUGACCAGAAAUAAAGGACCUCGCCCACUGACGAAAAGAGCAGUUCUUGGACGGGAAGGAGACCUACCUCUGGGCACACAGAGGUCUCGGCAUCGCAUCUAUGUUUUGGAAAAAGGGGCAAGAGCAUGUCUU